AGGAGAUCGUGCAACACCAAAUUAAUGAGGUUCUGCAUGGCACCUUCUCUGCAAACCAGGCUAUGGAUACAAUUAUUUCAUCUUAAGCCAGAUCUCUCCUUCUGUUCUUCAUGGUGAUGAUAUGACUGCUGCCAGUAUGUUUCAGGUCCAUUCCCUCCUGGGUUAUCUUAAAACUAAUCCUGCAAGUGUAUUUUAUUAUAACACUGAACCUAAUGAGAUGUGAUGGAUUUCCGAGGCAAGAAAUAUGAGCGUGGGAGUAACUGGUCAGAUCCUGAGGUGGUGGAGCUGCUACAGCUUUGGGCUGAUGAGUCCGUUCAGAUGGAAUUGGAGAGUUGUCUGAGAAACCAGCAUGUCUUCAAUAGGAUAGCUGAAGUCUUAAGGGAAAAGGGUAUUCACAGAACAGGAGACCAGUGCAGGGAGAAGAUCAAAAAAAUGAAACUUGAAUACAGAAGAAUUAAGGAUAACAACAAGAUCUGUAGGGGAGGAAGGACUUGGAAAUUUUUUGAGGUGAUGGAUAGGGUGUUGUCAAACAGGCCAAAUAUUUGUUACAGUACUGUGGGUAACACUGUGAUAACACAGCAGAUACCACCAGGUGUUCUGGCAGCAGGAGAUGGGUACAUUCAUCAUCAUCACCACCAUCAUCUUACUUCUCCUCCACAUGGUAUUUCUCAUUCACACCAUCCGCAGGAACUAAUGGAUAUUAAAUGUGAAGAAGUAGACUCGGACGAGCGCAGUGAGACACCUGAACCACCCCCUUCUAUUGUACUUCAGCAAACUGGGGAUGAUCAUGGAAUAGAUGGGAGUCUGUUGGAAGGGGGACAUCAUGACGGGUCACCAGCUGCUAGAGUGGACAAUCCCACGGAAAAUGCCAUUUCUCCAUCAGGUUAUAUGGACCCAAAUGUAAGUGGUACCUCCUCUGGGAUACACACCUCUGGACCUGCCUUUUCUGCACUUCAUAGACUUCGCCGGAAAAGGAAGCCCCCCCGAGUGAAGGAUCCUUUGGAUGACAUUCUUCUCAAAUUUCUAACAGCACAAAGAGUUGUGGAGGAGCGUUUCCUGCAAAUGGAGGAACGAAGAAUGCAGCGGGACAUGGAACUGGAAGACAGGCGGCUGCAGCUGGAGCAGCGUCGGAUGGAACUGGAGAGGGAGCAUGAGUACAGAAUGUUCACUACAUUUGCUCAGAUGGUGAAUGCACUUCGGCAUGGUGGCUCCAUGCAGACCUUGGGCUUGGACCUCAGCCAGGCCUUCCCACAGUCUUCUGGCCAAGCUACAGAGACAGCUGGUCCUCCACCCUCGGCUUCUACCUCUAAAGAUGGUAGCAGUAGGGUAGUGCAACAUCAGAGUAAAUCUCUACCUAAUGGACUGAAAGAUGUUAUGUCUGAUGUAGAACUUAAUCCAACAUUCCAACAACCUGAAUUUAGCAUUUAUUUAUCAAAGAGAGGAAAUGAAAUUGUUAAUUCCUGUGGAAUAAUUCAGGAAGGUUAUGCUGCCUACCAUGCAGAUAAGCAUGAUGAAGAUAAAAACCCUAAUGGCAUUAUUAAUCUGGGAACUAGUGAGAACAAGCUGUGCUUUGACCUGCUUUCCAAAAGGUUGACGCAGGCUGACAUGUUUCAGAUAGACCCCCCACUCUUGCAGUAUCCUGACUGGAAAGGACAUGAGUUCCUCCGAGUGCAAGUGGGAAGGUUUUUGACGUACUACUGUAAGGCAUCAGUGCCCCUCAAGCCUGAGAACAUCGUGGUAGUUAAUGGCUGUGGUUCUCUGUUUUCUUCACUGUCCGCUGUGCUCUGUGAUCCUGGAGAUAGAAUUCUACUACCUGCUCCAUACUAUGGUGUCAUCAAGGAUGAUAUCUUUUUCUACAGUACAGUCAAACCACUCCUUGUGCAUUUGGAGAGCAAAGUGACGGAUGGAGAUAUACGUCCAUUUCAACUAACAGUGGGAAAGCUUGAAAAAUCAAUGCAAAUCGCACAGUUACAGGGUACCAGGGUCACGGCCAUGAUUUUGACAAAUCCCCACAAUCCUUUGGGUGAUAUUUAUUCAGCAACAGAAAUGAAAGAGUUUCUUGAAUUUGCUAAAAGAUACAAAUUGCAUGUAAUUGUGGAUGAAGUGUACAUGUUAUCGGUAUUUGGUGAUGUGGACUCAUUCCAAAGUGUCCUCAGCUUUGACAAGCUCCCUGAUCCACAGAGAACCCAUGUAAUGUGGGGAAUUAGCAAGGAUUUUGCAGCCAGUGGAAUUCGCGUUGGUACACUGUACACUGAGAAUACAGAUGUUAUCAGUGCCCUUGGCCAGUUGUCGUGCUUCCAUGGUGUUCCAGGUCCCACACAACAUAUGAUAGCACAGUUACUGAGAGACCGAGAUUGGAUCAACCAAGUGUUUUUGCCAACAAAUCGAGCCAGAUUGAAAACUGCCCACAAGUGUAUAACAAAUGAAUUCACAGCAAUGGGCAUUCCUUUCCUGAACCGGCACGCAGGCCUCUAUAUCUGGACUGAUUUUAGAAAGUACUUAAAGAAUCCAACAUUUGAAGAAGAGGAAAAACUAUGGAAACGGUUCCUCGAUAAUAAAAUUCUUCUCACCAGUGGGAAGUCAUUUGGAUGCUGUGAGCCUGGGUGGUUCCGUGUUGUAUUUGCUGACAAAACUCACCUGCUGCAGUUAGGAAUGCACAGGCUUAGAAAGGUUCUGGAAGAACAAGAUUCAGAAAUCCAGUCAAUUGAAAGGGGACCCAUUUCUGAUUCUGAGAAUAGAACCAAAAUUGCUGAGGAUGUCAUUGAAAUUGGUGUCCAGCUAUCUCCUCCAGAUCCUGCUCUUGAUGGUCUAAUUGGACUUCUGCGCCAACAGAUCCGAACAACUGACUGGUUACAGAGAAACACACCUGAACAUUUUGCUCAAGAGAAUCCAGAAGUUUAUGAAGUUUUCUGUAAACUUGCAGAGAAAUAAUCUGCUCCUGUAAUUUCGGAGAAUGCAUUAAUUGGAAUGCACGAGUGAUUACUUUCAAAUUUGUUAAAUGCUUGUAGGUCAUUUCACAUGACCCUCCCACACUUACUGAUGGGUUGGCAAAAUGUCUUAACACUGAAGUGGUGCUGUAUAACACUGCUGUUAUUUAUAAGUUGUAUUUUUUCAUCUGUCUCUAGUUUCGCUGUGCACUCCACCCUCCCCAGUACAAGAAAACUCAUUUAUUACUAUAACCAAGACCCCUUGUCUUGUCAUAUGAUGCAUUCGCAAGUUUCACUGUCACGAGACCAUAGCAUUGUCAAUAGUCACAAUUUCAUUAAUUGAUUUUGAAUUGAGAUUAAAGGGAUGGGGCGACAGAGGAAAAUAAACUAUAAAUCCCUGUCCUUCUCUCCCUAUGAAUCUCACACAUCGAAUGGUGUAAAGUGCAUAAAGCGUUGCUAACACUCAGGAUAUUAUUUUAAGUAAUUAAGAGACAAGAUAGAGGAAUGCUGAGAAGCUCAGUAUAUUCUGCUUAUUUUUAUGUCCACUUAAUGAUUGAAAACAUUACUUUUUUUUUAUAUUUUCCAAUAGAAAACAGUUGAUCUUAAAAAUACUUUGCUAGUAUUGCCAUCCAUUCAUAGAGUCCCCAAACCAGCUGAUCUAUUCACAUAUUGCUAAAUUAUAUAAAAUCCUAGUUCAUAAAGAUGAUUUUUAUUCACCAAUAGGACAAAAAUAAAGAUUUUCUAUCUUGUGCUUUAGGUAGGAUAUUAUUAUUGCCAUCUCUGCACCUCUUGUUGCAAAAUGCCUUUGUACAAAAUUCAAAUAAUUAUGAGGCACCAAUACAAAGCAAUCUGACCAUUCUAAAGUAUGGGUCCUAAAGCAUCUGAGAAAAAGGGAGUGACUGUUCGCCUUCAUUCCCACUGAAACUAAUGAAAUGUUAUAGCCAUCCCUCUAAUCAACAAGACACACAGACCAUGUACAACGUUCAUUACCAUGGACUUUAUAUCUGCAUCUAUUAAAAGAACAAGGUGUUUGCCUACACAAAUAAAGCUACGGGUUCAUUUCCUCAUGGGUCAAGUUUUGCAAUAAAACUAAUUUACAGAGCUGCUUAUCUUUAGAUCUCCAGAAAGUAUUGAAUGUCAACAAAUAUCUAUAUUUUAGAAUUGGUCAGAAAAAAAUUAUAUCUACCAUGAGUAGGAGAGGGGGAGGGUAGAACCUGGGUGUCACAGUGAUUGAGGUAAUUGUAUGUUGUAAUCUCUGCCUCUUAUGGACCCUCCAGUUGCUUUGCCGCACUCUUGGUGGCUGUGCCUUCAAUCAUCAAGACUCUAUUCUGUGGAAAUCUAUUCCUACGGCUGUUUGCCACCUCCCUUCUCCUUUAAGAUUCUCAAAACAUACCUUUUUGCCAAAGCAUUUAGUCACCCAUUCUAAUAUCUCCUCCAUUUGGCUUGCUGUCAAUUUUGGUUUGUUUGCCCUCCUAUAAAGCGCAUUGGAAUGUUUCACUUUGUCAAAGGCACUAUAUGAAUGCAACGUGUUACAUUAAUGACACUGGGAGCAGAAUGUUUUCUCUAAUUGCCAAUCUGCUGUGCAAAUCAUAUUGUGAGCAUUUUUUUUGUAAUGCAUUUGCAAUUUCACUAAGUAAAGCAAGUGUUGGAAAUUAUACACAGCUAAACACAGCAAUCAGAGGAAAUCUUCCAGCUGCUGCUUCAUUCUGUUAUUUGGGCUGCAUUGAAACCAAGUUCACUAUAUGAAGUUCCCUUCUCUUUGCUGACUGGAAGGAUUCUCAAUGAAAUGGAAACUCAAUCCAAUUUCUGUUGGACAUGAGACUGAAGUACUAAACUGCCAGUGAUUUGCCUCAACAGCAUUUGGCAAUCUCGUCCCAGAGCCACCAAAUGCCUGAAAUGAUGAAAAGGAAAUGUGGUGCUAAUGUUUUGUCAAUUCUAUUUUGAGCUCAGCAGUUCAAGCAUAGAGGAGAAAAUUUUAUUCUGAAUCUGACCUGUUAUUACUCAAAUUGGCAAUGCUUUCUGUUGCUAUUGGUGCUUAAUGUGACCACAUGUUCUUUUCCCCAGCUUUGACCUCCCUCAGCUUGAUUAUUAAAACAUGGUGGUGAUAUGUAUUUUAUAUUUUUGAUAAACCUCUGCCACCCGUACAGGUGUCAAUUCUGUAAAAUUAACUCCAGUGCUGUUCUGUGGAACUAGUGAGGAUUCCAGUUUAGUCAUUGUGUUCAGCUUGCAAAUAAACUAAAUUCCAAAUGAACUAUAUUAGCCAUAAUUGUGAAUGAUGGGGCACGUUUCAGGUUUUAAAAGGUUGGUGAAGGGCACAAGGCUUUCCAUUCAAUGCUUCUCAUGACUACUUAGCAGUUGAAGCUGAUGUAUUAAUUGAAUUGUUAUUCAGUGUAAUGUAUAUUUUUGUGUAUUUUUAGAGAGAAGGAGGGAGUGCUCAUGAGAGCAACAAAGAAGUCUUUUCUCAUGCAUCUAAUGUUCAAAAGCUUUCAAACUUGUAUGUAUUUAGAAUGAUGAAAAUCGUGAAGUUGAACGUAGCAGCAAUGAAGUAAAAAUGAAAAAAAAUCUACAAAUCAAUCAGACUUGAAUUAUUAACCUGAUUUUCUUAGUUGCUGAUUGUCCAUUUCUAGCAUCUGUUCUUAGUUAGUUUCUGAUGUUUUUAUCUCCACGGCGGAAUGUUGACCUGCUGUUCAAUGAAACAGGUAAACAGCAACUUCGUUUAGUUUAGCUCAUUUAUGUCUUGCAAAUUUAUGGGUCAAAUAAAAUUCCUGAUUUUAGGAAGAAGUUCAUAAUGGCCACAGAAAACUGCCGUCAAUAAACAAGUCAUGAUAAGCAUUGAAAUCUUAUCAUUUAAUUCCCUGUGGGAAAGACUAUACGUGACUGUGACUGCCAGAAACAUGUUAGCUUCUCCCUGUCGCUCUCAUGAAUGAAAUCAAAGGUUGGCUCCUUAGUUGUGGCUUUCAGUUGUUUUGAAUGGAAGCAAAUUGUUGAAGGAAAAAGGACAGACUUAGUGAAGGUAGUGUACACAGCAUGAUUGUAAAUGUUUAUAAACUAUUAUGAAGACCCUGCACUGUAUUUCACAUAAGCCUAGAGUUUUAAGAAUAAUAAGGAGAUGGUGUUAGGGAUUAGAGCAAUCUAAACUUUGAAAAAAAUCCCUCAAACAUUUAUCUGGAAGGACUCUCAAAUUUAUGUUUCAGUGCAUCAUGGGGAAUACUCCUGUUUUAUGAUCUGUUGAAAAUUAUUUUUCAGUUUGUUGGGUUACAUUGGGAUUUCAUGGCCAAUUUGAAGCUGUUGAUUAUGUUACUCUAGAAGAUGUUUUUAUUGCAGUAAAAUUAUGCUGCUUUUACUUUGAAGUGUUAUUUGUAUAGAACAAAGAAUAUUUUACAUUAUUACAUUUGAAUAUGAAUUAAUAUCCACUGCAUGUCAGUUGUUUAAUUUUUAAUAACUUUUAAUUGCAUUUUAUGCCAUAUUUAUUUAAACCUAUGUUGCAAUGUUUGCAUGCCUCAAUUAUUUAUUUUGUUUUGAGCAAUUCUACAUGUGGCGUGGAAAUUAGUUUUGUAGGAGAAAUUUAGGUUUUGUCAUUUGAACAAGGACUGUGCUUUGAUUCUUUUUGGAGGAAACUUCCAUUUUUUAUUUAUGCGAAUGCUUUGCUGAAACACCUUGAUUUAUAUUUGCCAUUGAUGUCAGGGUAUAAAUCACAAUUUGAAGCCUGUCAAAAUCCCUGCAAAAAUGGGUAUUGACUCAUACACCAAGUACACGCAAAAACAUGAUUUCUGGGGCUGGGAAACUGGGGCUCUCUUAUAUAUGAAGUUGACUUACACAGCUCAAUUUAGGGUAAUAUCUGUUCUUGGUCAGUUUGAUUUUGAAGGUAAAAGCAACUUAAACAAUGUCAUUGAAGAUUUUAAUCUUUACAUGUCUCCUUUUCAGAGAAUAUUUCUGAUGUUGUUACAGCUAUUGUCAAGAACACCAAAGUUGUCUUUUUUUCACCGAAGUAUUUUUUGUGUUCAAUUUAGACAAGAAGUGAUUAAGUAGGAAAAAAUGUUAACAUUUUUGGCAUAGUCUCAUCUGAAAGUGUUUUCUAGAAAUGUUAUCCAUCUUUUCUCUUUAGAGGUAGAGUUUUAAGGGUGCUGUGAAUUCCCAGCAUUUGGAUAAAUACUUGAAAGAAAAAAUGCAGGGGAGUGAGACAUAGAAUAGCCUCACCAAAGAAUGGGCACGAUAGGCUGAAUGGGAUCUUUGUGUGCUGUAUCAUCCUGCAAUUCUAUGAUUUUCCAUUUUUAUUUCAGAUUUUAAGCAUUUGCAGAUUUUUUUCCUUUUUUCUCUAAAUAUUUAGUUUCCAACAUGGGAUUCAUCAAGGUAUAGUUAACAAAGCUUGCUAGUGAAAUCCAGUUCAACAGUCUAAUUACAUUGCACCUUCAUAAUUUAUAUCACCUGACCUUUUCUAAAUGUAACUCUUAUGCAGGAAGAGAACAAUGUUUUGGAGGAAUAAAUUCUCACAAUGCACAGUGGAGUUCUUUUGCAUUGCUAAUUGGCAGAGUGAGAUGUGAGGUUAAAUUGAUGGCAGUGUGACGUUCAAAUCCAUCUUGUGUGAAAAGUUUACGGUAACGUCCAGAGUGUAUUUGCUGAUUUUGAAAACAUGGCUAUUAAUCAACUUCUUGUUGUCUAGAAUGAAUGAGAAGCAAUGACUUGCUUGAAAUGGGGAUUUAAAAAAGAUAAAAUUUAACUAAUUGAGAAGCACUUCUCACCAUACUCUGUCACACUAACCUGACCAUGUGUGAAAACAUUACCUUCCUGCUUAUUUCACACUAAGCCUUGAAACUUGAUCAAAUUACUGGAGUUUGCAUUCUCUCAUGGUAGCAAACAUACUACAGAGUACCGAAGUGUGAUUUUUUUUAAAGCAUUGGCCUGUCUUUCAUUUUUCUUUCAUUCAGUAACGUAUAACGUUCCAUUCAGUAAUUCAAAUGGCUUCAUUAUCUGAGGGAUACAAACAUGAUGUGUCACUUCUCUUACUAUAAUCUUGUCACAGCUACCAGGUCCCCAGGUGGCUUAGCUACUGUACCUGGAGCUAAUGUAUGUGGACAUUAAGUGAGGUUUAAUUGUGCAUCUAUGUAAUGUGAAUCCUGUCGAGGGAGCGAAGGCAAUUGUAUUUCCUGUAAAACGUAUUACAUCCGGUGCUGUAUUAUAAUGAUUCAACAUGAUAUGUAUGGUUAUAGAUUGUGUAAACUAUUUGAAACGUCACUUUUUAAUGUAAUCAUUAUUAGAAAAUUAGUUUUUAUUUUGUACCAUGUAUCUAUAUGUCCAGUAAAAUUAUACAUUAUUGCAACUUUAA